UCCUCCACAGCACAGCCACAGGACCACCACUGCAGCUCAGAGGAAAACCCUUACUUAUAAAUAUAUUUAUACUACUCAUGUGUGUGUGUCUUGGCUGGAAGACGACUGAUACUUCACAACACCAGAGGACAGAAGCUAAGACAGAAAGAACAUAACGAGGAGGAGGAGGAGAGAGACUUUUCAAAAUUCAUCUUCUCAAAAACGUUUGCUUAUACAAGACUGGAUUUUUCUCCCUUUUCGGCAUCUGCCUCUGAACUUCAGCGCCGCGUGUGUUCCUUUGUUGUAACUCUGUGGAAGAGUUAAAACAGCAACUUGUUUUAUUCUUAUCAUCUCAGCUUUUAUGUGCUUCUUUGCCUCAUAAGUCCCAUCACGCUAUCUACUGAGGCAGACUUUUCUUUGCGUCAAGGAUCUGGACCCACACCAUAGCAAUAUGUGCUGACAGGACAUUGUGGAUACCUUUUUCUCUCUCUCUCUCUCACUCUCUCUCUCUCUCUGGUGAGGCCUCUGUCCCAGCAGCACUUACCUCCACCACUAUCUCAGCAUGGCUGGCUGUACCAGCUGCUGCAGUCAGGGGGUGCUCAAACUAAUCCAGUCCCUGCAGAGAUUAGUCUCAGGAACCCUAACAAAAGACAAGCUGGACGACGAGCUGGAGUUGACGAUAGUGUGUCACAGACCCGAGGGCCUCGAGCUUCUGGAAGCCCAAACUAACUUCACCAAACAGGAGCUGCAGAUCCUCUAUCGUGGUUUCAAGAAUGAAUGUCCGAGCGGAGUCGUAAAUGAGGAGACAUUCAAACAAAUUUACUCCCAGUUCUUCCCUCAUGGAGAUGCAAGCAUGUAUGCACAUUACCUUUUCAAUGCAUUUGACACAUCAAACAAUGGCGCCAUUAAGUUUAAGGACUUUGUCAUGGGGAUGUCUCUACUGCUGCGGGGGACACUGAGGGAAAAGCUGGAGUGGACGUUUCACUUGUAUGACAUUAACAGAGACGGAUACAUAAACAGAGAAGAAAUGACUGAGAUCGUGAGGGCCAUUUAUGACAUGAUGGGAAAGUACACCUACCCUGCACUGAAGGGGGAUGUCCCACAGCAGCAUGUGGAUGCCUUUUUCCAGAAAAUGGACAAAAACAAAGAUGGAGUGGUGACUUUAGAGGAGUUUGUUGUAGCCUGUCAGGAGGAUGAAACCAUGAUGAGAUCCAUGCAGCUGUUUGAAAAUGUGAUGUAGGGCAAGUAGAAACGAUGGAGACAAAGACUUGGCAAAUGAGACAACUCGCUGUUGGUGCAUGUGUGCGGAUGCGUAUCUACAAUACAUCCAGUCCAGUCCAUUCUUCUCCUCCCAUCUCAUCCAGCUGGCGUCAGGAUCCAGCCAAACCCACAGAGACUCCACUGAAGGGACUGGACUGGAAUGCUGUUUAGCCUCGUCAUGGCGUUUUCACCACAGAAUACAAAGUGACUGGGACCCAACACACCACCCUCAGUUCUCUCUCACAGACUGAAGAUUGACUUGUUAAAGAUGAAGAUGCUCCGGCACUGCAAAGCUAUUUGUUCAAUCAGCAACAAUAAUUGCAUGUUGGUAAGUGCUUUUUUGCUUUAACUCCAAAGGUUGCUAUGGGAAUUUGGCCAUAAGGAUUUCUAUAGUCAUCUCAUGAUGUGUCACACACACAUUUUGACCUGCCUGUAGCUUGCCUGCGAAAUCAAUUUGUUUCUUGUUGUUAGGUGUCUCUCGUGUACAGUUAAAGAAAUUUGAAACAGCACAUUUUGUGGGUCUUAUACUGUGUUUUUGUGGCCAAGUCUUUCUGUUUUGUUUGUUUUUUUUUGUGAAAAGAAAGAAGUGGCUUUAUAAAGUUCCUUUAUACUGUAUUUUUACCUGCUGUCUUGCUUCUUGUGGUCAAAUCAGUGUGUCAGAAAAAAAAGGUAUUGUGAUAUAAAUGUGAGUACAUUUUGAGAUGAAAUUAAACAUGUUAAAUCAUUCUGAACUCAAGAGGGAAAAACAAAUGUUCUCGUUUUGCACACGUGAUCAUUUAUUGACAAAAUAGCAACAGAAGCGCCCUCCUGACAACACAGUAGGAUGGUGGUUACUGCCUAAAAAAUCUGGAUGAAAUCCAGUUCCUGAUGACGGCUCCAUCUGUACAUGUGAACAUGUGGCACUGUUUCCUCCGUCCAAACCAAAUCCAUGUUGUCACAAUGGUGUACAAACAGGAAAUGUUGCCUCCUACAGAUGGAUUGUCUGUGAGUCAUGAUGUGUUUAAAAGCAGCAUAACAGAAGUCUCACUGGGCUACAAAGUAGUUUUAGACACUAAAAUAUUAACCAUCGUUGUUUUUGGAGCUGCUCUUUGCUGUGUGAUACAUCCAUCGUAGUUUAGAGCAGUGCUAUUUUAUGUCACAAGCAGUAAAAAAACAACAAGUUAAGCCAUACAAUAAAUAUGUACAUUUUUUAAAUGGUGUGGUGUUUUUAUUUUAAUUCCUUUCAGGAUGUGUGUACAUGGCUUUAUGACUGGGUGGAAUAAAAUAUUUGCCUUUGGAAAUGAAAUGUUUUGAUCAUAUUUGGCAGGCACAUCACAGUGCAUUUAACAGAAUAAAAACAAACUAUCAAUACUGUCAAAUCUAUCAGUGUACAAACCCACAACAAGCAAAAACAGUGACGAACACAUGGCGUGAAUAUUUCUAUAAACUGGGAACAUGUUUGUUUUAAAUCACCCUGUGUUACACAUCCCAUAUUAUGUUGAUAUGUAAGCUAUAGUUGCUGAUAUUUAGUGUAAACAUACGUACAUAUAUUAUUAUUAUUAUAUUAUAAACUUUUUUAAUUUCUUAAUUUCUUUUUUAAAUUUUAAAUUUUUAACUUGUGUGCUCUUUAAAAAACGGGUACUUCUGAGUCUGAUAUGGAGCAACUGUAACGAUGAACGAACUGUAAACAAUUUUCUUUGGGAUAAUAAAAGUAUUCUGAUUUUGA